AUGCUGCGGGGUCAAUUACCAGUGAAAUCCUUGCAAGAACUGACUGCGAGAGUUCUUGGCGGUGCAAAGCUAGUGGAAAAAGUGGGGCGCUCGUCACUGAGAAGCCCGUCAGCUGCACUUCUUUCUCGAACCGACAUAUGGCUAAAAGAAGCCCUUGUAAAAAAGGGCGACAGAUUGCGCACUCAAAAGAUCUUAAGAAGAAAAGAAUUACACAAGAAAGGCCCACCAGAACUGUCGUUGGAUGCAGUCCUGGUCAAUCUUAGAAAACUUCGUCUUGCGAAAAAUGUCGACGCCUACUACACUCUGCUCAAUCGAUUGCAAUCAAGCCAAAUCCGAUGGAGAUCAAGAUCUGGAAGCUUCAUUAUCCAUCAAACUCCUGUUGAGCUGUACCGUGAGCUUUCCUACAUGUUGCGCGCUCAGUGUGCCGAUUUGCAUGAUCGAUCUGACAUCGUGUGUCUCGCUAGGUUUACGUUAGUGGUCCUUCGUAAAUACUCUGAGAUACUCGAAAAGCGAAGCACUUUGGCUCCUGAUAUCGUGUUUUGGGAAAACUGCGGGGCAAUAUUGACCCGUACCGGCUCUAUUUACUAUUUGAAACGAUUUCUAGAGCUGGUGAACCACGAGCCAUCAAAAAUUUACGCAUAUAUCGCCUUCUAUCUGCAAACAGAUCAAAUCUCACACCUUUCCUCAAUACUGAAAUCAAGUGACAUGCUGAGAUCUCAGCCGCUGCCUGGUGUUUUAGUUCCUCUUAUUCAUCAAUGUGUGAACAGGUUCGUAUGUCUUGGUUUGGAAGGGGACGCUCAAAUGGCACUAGAGUUGUUGAUGAAGCAAGGGAUACCGGACCUCUCUACAAUUUAUCGAAUUGAUCACUUGAGUCAAAAAUAUGGUGCUUUUAAACUUCAGCUGGAACUGAACAGAGCAAGAAACGAGCAAGGACCCGCCGUUUCUAUACCAUGGAAAACCUUCCAGAGAAAUUUAAGCUUUGGUGACUAUAUAGAGUUAUUGGUCGAAUCGCGUGUUCAAUUUUUCGAAGAAAGCCCAGCAAUGGAUUUUCUGUCGACCAAGCUUCCUGUAGAAGCCAUGUCAACAAAUUGGUGGUGCAGCUUCUUCGAAAAAACGAUGCCACCCGAAAGCUCAUGUCCUUCUUUGAAAGCGUUCCAUCUGAAUACCAUUCUUUCCCAUGUCGCCGCGCAUAGGUCCUUAGGUUUUGUCCUCUUAUUUUGGCACCGGCUGAUCUUGAACUUUGAUUGCACGGAAGACUUCAAGAAUACGCAUAAGUUAGCAAGCUGCAAAAAUCAAGGUGGCUUCCAUAUCUUGCUACAUGCUGCAGGAAAGUCUUCAGCAGCAAAGCUUGCAGGUUGCGAGCUCUUUAAUUUCAUUAAAGAGGCAAAGUGGCCUGAAUCUAGCCACGAUGUACCCCACUACACCUUGACAGAUAAGGACUACGCAAACCUCAUACGUUCAACACUUCCCGGAGAAGAUUUUCGGACCAUGUAUUUCUACUUGCGACAUUACCUUUUGGAUUUCGGGAAAGAGUGCAUUCAUGUCGAUAGAGAAGGGAAACUUAAUUGGAACUUGACAAGUGCGGUUGGGAACGUCCUCGAAAAAGUGCGGGCCAUGGAGAAAAAUGCUGCUGAAUUGGACGUUAUUCUGAAGCAGGUGGGUGAAUGGCAUCUUACCAACUAUUCUCAAACCAAUGAGGCAGUAAUUCCCGAAAGAACGCUAAAGGAUAUCUUUGGGGCCUUUCAUAUCCAAGAUCUAACUCCUAAACAGCUUUUAUCGCUAGAGUCUAGAAAUCUUGAAGAAAGCCGACAAAGUGGUGACUCAGGGAGUCGUUAUUCUUUGAUAGCAGACUGGGAAAAUGCUGAGCGUAUCCGGUCGACGCUCGAUCAUAUGCGUAAUAAAUUGAGCAAGAGCUGUUAG